AUGCAUCGUCCUUUUGCUGAGCUGGAGCCAUCUUUAACCGUCUCAGAGCAAAACCUGGCAGACCGGGUUCGGUAUAUCUUGCGCUCAAAUAUAUUUGAUGUUGCCGAACUCGAACGACUACGACGUGAGGCUGUUCCCUCAUCGGAUGAAAAUGCUACGGCUGAGGAUGCGGCGCCACAAAUUGCAGAGCAAGCCGCAAACGUGAAUGCCGCCGUGAAUACCCCAGUUGUGGUUGAUUCAAACGAUGAUGGAACAGUCGCCCAGGAACUGGAAUUAGUGCAUAUGAGGAGUACAUUAGAAGAGGUGAUUGUCGAAACGCGCAGUACGCCUCUCGAAAAUCGACCGCGACUUCCCCGCAUAGCGGGGCAAGCGGAAUUGGGCUGUCGUGAGGGCUCUGAACCCAAUGCUGGUGACCUAUUUUGA